CCCUGCCACUGUACCAGGUUGGUUCGCAUAUCCAUGUACGAUCAAGCGCUGGAACUCGUCCACGCGAGCGUGCGCAUUACAACGUCUACUACUAUCCGAUACCCUGCUCCUUCCCUGUCGUCGUGAUUGCGUUCCAGGGCGUUUCAGUGUCUCUCCCUGCACCGUUCGUCAACUUCUUUGGAGCGUUGUCCAGGUGCCCGCCAUACGUCAAUGUGCCAUAUCUGACCUCAUUGUUAUCCUGCACCCCGCUGCGCAGCACGAAUGGACCAGAUCCCCAGCAUAUUAUAUGCCGACGAAGACUACACCACAUGGCUGAUCAUUGGUGCCAGCAGAGGCAUUGGGCUGGAGUUCGUCCGGCAACUCUUGAUAAAGAAUGAGCGGAUCAUCGCUACGGUGCGAGAGCCGUUUGCUGCACAUGCUUCAGCCUUGUGGGGGCAGGCCGGCGGGGAUCAUGGAAGGUGUCGAAUGGAAGUUUGUGACGUUUUGUCUGAGGAGAGCAUCGUUAGAUUUGUUACGACGCUCACCACGAUACCAAAUUUGAAGAUCGACUAUGUAGUCUUGAAUGCUGGAGUACUGAGGUAUCCUAACAGAGCGACUGAGCUAUCAUUUGAUGAGUUCGCCUUCCACCUUCACACCAACACCAUAGGCCCCGUCAUUACCGCCCAAAAGCUGCUGCAAACCAAUAUUCCAAUCGGCACGAUAGUCUUUAUGUCCUCUGACAGCGGCUCAGCAGGGCUCUUUCGAGAGAUGGAAGACGGCUUCGCCGCCUACGCCGCCUCAAAAGCCGCUUUAAAUAUGGCAGUCCGUCAUAUGGCCGCUGAGCUGAAGAGAAAAGACGAUGACACGAUACUGCUGUGCAUGCACCCUGGAGAGGUGGCCACGGAUAUGGCAAAUGUCCACUUGCCGUGGGAAGUGCAGGGGAUUAUUACACCGGAAGAAAGUGUCACAAAGAUGAUACAAGUGAUCAAGAGCAAAGGAAUACAGCAUAGUGGGACGUUUUGGACGUACGAGAACAAGCCGUACACGUGGUGACCCAUCAUUUGCAUUACAUCUCCUAUCAUUUGCAUACCUUCGGUAAACCUCCACUAUGAUGAUGCUCCUUCUAGAAUGCAAAGCCACCAAUGAUGAAAUCCUCAAAUCUUAGCUCUUAGUGUGCCUCGAGAAGUCGAUUAAACAUCGUCAGUGACCAGGACACA